AGGAUCACCCAGAGCAGACAACCUCCAGUCGCUCAUUCGGUAGCGGAGAGGAGAAACAACAGUCGAGAGCGCGGAAGUGGAAAACGCAACAGUGAUGUUUUAAACUGAGGGAAACUCCUCGAAACAUCAAUCUUUGCAUGACAGCUACUUCCAAAUUCAGGUUUCGUUUUAAUUCGUAGAUGCGUAGUCAUCCAGGGGUGGAGCCGCGGUGCCGUGCCUGUGGAGCGUCUCCGGCGGUGUGACAGAGGUGAAGGAUCAGCCAGGGUGGCCGAGCAGUCAGGAGGAUGCUGGAGGGCAAUGCCUGCAGAAAGAGAGGAUGAGAUUUGUCGAAAGGCGCUUGAGUUGCUCUCCGACCUGUGCUCAAAGGGAGAGGUGCAGGACGACAACUGCCUAGAUUUCAUUUACUAUUUCAGGGACCUGGCCAGACCUCGUUACUCCGACUCUGAUGUAUCAGUGAGCCUGUUGUCCCUGCUGGUGACCACAUGUGGUCUGGCUUUAUUCAGCGUCUCCCUAUUUGUAUCAUGGAAACUUUGCUGGGUACCCCUGAGUGGCCGAUUCCUCCCAGAUGUCCUCAAGGGGGCACAUUUUCUGGGAGGGGACCAAGAGCCUGUCCUAACAGAGGUGGAUGGGGAUGAUCGGGAGUACAGUGAAGAUGGCUGCAUGAAGGAGCCCACAGGCCCACCACUGGCUGUGGCUGUCCCAGAGUCGGCUCUAAAGAUCAGCCACACAUCACCUGACAUCCCUUUGGAGACUCAGGCCAAGGUGGACCACAUCCAAAGCCACACUUUGGCCAGGGACAGAGUGCAAAGACAAAUUACUGAACCCACCUCAUCAGUACGGCACAACUCCAUCCGUCGUCAGAUGAACCUGUCCAAUCCAGAGUUCAAUCCUGCUCAAUUCCAGCGCCAGGAGAGUCUGACUGGUUUAGGUCGGCUCAAACCUGAGCUUUACAAGCAACGCUCAGUAGAUCCAGAUGACGGACGUAGACCGGACGGCUGUGGACGUCUCCAUUUCAUCCUUAAAUUUGACUUCGAUCUGGAGCAACUUAUAGUGAAGAUUCAUAAGGCUCAAGAUCUACCUGCCAAGGACUUCUCAGGGACUUCUGAUCCUUACGUCAAGAUUUACCUGCUGCCUGACCGUAAAACCAAGCACCAGACUAAGGUGCACCGAAAAACUCUCAACCCAAUAUUUGAUGAGGUGUUUCUAUUUCCAGUGGCAUACACCGAGUUGUCCAGUCGUAAGCUGCACUUUAGUGUCUAUGACUUUGAUAGGUUCACUCGCCAUGAUUUGAUUGGUCAAGUGGUGGUGGACAAUUUCCUGGACCUUGCAGACUUCCCACGAGAGACCAAAUUGUGCCGGGACAUACAAUAUGUCACAUCGGACAAUGUGGACCUGGGGGAGCUGAUGUUCUCAUUGUGCUAUCUCCCCACGGCUGGCAGGCUCACCAUCACUAUGAUCAAAGCCAGAAAUCUCAAAGCCAUGGACAUCACUGGAGCUUCAGAUCCAUAUGUAAAGGUGUCACUAAUGUGUGAGGGCCGGAGGCUAAAGAAGAGGAAGACAUCAACCAAGCGCAACACUCUGAACCCAGUUUACAAUGAAGCCAUUGUGUUUGAUGUUCCCCCGGAAAACAUUGAGCAAAUCAGUUUACUAAUAGCAGUCAUGGACUAUGAUCGGGUUGGACAUAAUGAAGUCAUCGGGGUGUGCAGGGUGGGCAAUGAGGCUGAUACUCUGGGAAGGGACCACUGGAGUGAGAUGCUGACGUAUCCACGCAAGCCUGUGGCACACUGGCACCCGCUAAUAGAGUGGGUAGGACAGGGGGCGGCAGGGAGUGGAAGUCAAGGAGGAUCCACCAAUUCCUUAAAGGCACCACCCUCACCGUAAUCUCACACACACACACACACACACACACACGCACGUGCAAACUAAGACUGAAAUGAAAUACUGAAAAAUGGGCCUGCUAAAAACUACCGUUAAGGCUUAACUCUACAUCUUACUUACUUCACAACCGAAAAACUUACAUUCCAACUGAAAAGCUGCCGUUUGUUGUUUCGCUGUUACUGAAUUAGCUGUUAAAAAUGUCAAAAUAGGUGGAACAUGCUUUUGUGGAAAGUGUAACUUAAAUAUUUGUGAUCGAUGAGGUGUUAUACAAUAUUUUCUCUACAGUUUCAUUCGAGAGUCUUCGCAAAAACCUUAGUUUUGAUUUCUGAGCUACUUUCUUACGGUGUAUGCUUCUUGUAAAUAUAUAAAUAAUAUAUUCAUGCAUUUGCUUCAAGUAUAUGUACAUAGACUAACGCAAAGCAAAUGAUGUUGUUUUUAACCGCAUGUUAAAGUAACAUUUUUCACAGGGUGUGGUCCAAAUAGAGAAAAUGAAAACUGAAAAAUGUUGGUGACAGUAAACCUGGUAUGUGUUGCAGAGAAUUGAUCCUAAUUGUCAUGUGUGUAUCUAUGGUGGCUGGUUAUAUUUAUUUAUGCGUUUUAUUUUGCUGAGGGCAGAUUAAUUUCAACCAUCCUAAUUUAGGAACAUGUUACUAUAAGCAAAAUAAAACUAGCCAUUGAAACAGGAAUCCAUUUAAAAAAAGCAAGAAACCGCCAAUAUUAUUUUUUAACCAUUUAGCUAUCCACAUAAAGUACUGCAUAACACCAUAUUUGGAUAUAUUUGGAAGGGAAUACGUCUUCCUGUCUGUCCUUUUCUUAAUAACCAUUCAUCUUUAUGCUGAUCAAAUGUAUUGUGGAUGCUUAAAGGCGUAAUGCUACUCAAAACAAUGGAAAUUCAUGUUUCUGUCAACUCAUCUUUCACAAUUAUUAUCUUAUUCACGCCUGUGUUGCAUUGUUGUUUUGCAUAUAAUUAAUUGUGCUUUGUUGUUUUGUUAGUUAACAGUGACACUUGUCAAAAGUCUUAUUUUGUAUGGCUAUUCCGCCUCAGUCCUGUCAGUUACAAUGAAUAUGUAUCGCAGAAGGCACAGACAUCUGAGCUAAAUAAAGCAUAAUUUACAUUCCAAAACAGAAAACAUGUUAUUGAUGAUGCUGUUUUUUUUUUUUACCGUUUUUGUUUAGUUUUACUUUACAUUGAAACCUAAUCUUGUAUUUUCCAACCUGUUUUAAGUAAGUGUUAAGUUUUUGGGAAGUUUUUGUUCAUAAAUAGCAGUGGCAAACUGUGUUUGUAAGUCAAAUGCAUGCAUUACAUGUCAUCAAUUUUUGCUUAAAGCUCUUUCUUUGUCAGACCAUAUUGUACCACAAGUUGUAUAAUGAUAAUUAAUAAAUAUUUCUAUAUGGAUGGAUUGGUUUAUACUGACAUGAAUGAGAACAGUUCGAGUUCGAGAGAGAACAAGUGAGAAACACCCUGGUCUUUGUCACCGAUCCUGUUCAGAAUCUUCAUGGACAGACUUUCUAUUCACAGCCAAGACGUCGAGGGAGUCCAGUUUGGGGGGCCUUAGGAUCUCAUCUCUGCUGUUUUGCAGACAAUGAGGUCCUGAUGGCCUCAUCGGGCUGUGACCUUCAACGUUUACUGGGGUGGUUUGCAGUUGAGUGUGAAGCUUCUGGGAUAUAAGACUCAGCACCUCCAAAUUUGAGGUUAUGAUUCUCAGGGUGGAUUGCACCCUCCGGCUUGGGAGUGAGGUCUUGCCCCAGGUGGAGGAGUUCAAACAUUCACGAGUGAGGGAAGGUUAGAGACAGGCGGAUCGGCGAAGCAUCUGCAGUAAUGCGGAUUCUGUACCGGACCGUCAUUUUGAAGAGAGAGCUGAGCCGGAAGGCAAAACUCUCAAUUUACCGGUCGAUCUAUGUUCCCACCCUCACGUAUGGUUAUAAGGGUUUGAGUUGUGACCGAAAGAACAAGAUCCGGGAGGGGCUCAGACUAAAGCCACUGCACUUCACCUUGAGAGGACCUAGUCAAGGUGGCUCGGGCAUCUAGGCCGGAUGCCUCCCGGACGCAAUCCCACCUGGGAAAAAGCCGCAGACCGGGGACACGCUGGAAGGAUUAUGCCUCACAGCUGGCCUGGGAACGCCUUGGUGUCCUCUCGGUGAAACUGGAAAAGGUGGCUGAGACCGGGAAGUCUGGACUUCCCUCCUGAGACUGCUGCCCCUAUGAUCCGGACCCGGCUAAGCAGAAGAAAAUGGAUGGAUGGGAUGGAAGUGAGAAACACACCUACAAUAUAAGCAAGCUCACACCUGCUAUGCGGGUGCUCCCUACCAACUAUUGUGAUUGAAGAACUUGUCAGGACGCAGAGUCACAUGUACUUUACACAUAGUAGUGUCAUACGUUGUGCCUGUACUGACGUUGAAUCCCACAGCAUCAUUUAUAUUUUUAAAAUAUGUUUGACUCUAACUGACAUCAUUUCACAAUCCAUUAAAACAAUGAUUUAUAAGCAGCCUCGCCCUAUAGCUAACACUCACAGCCAACAGACCGGAGCAUGCUAAGUUAAUGACUGAACAGGAACAGAGAUAGGGGAAACCCCAGGGGCUGCAUCUCACCAUGUUCUAGCAGUCCUAACAACACAUAAGCGUUUUGGUUCAUUGUGGUUGCCAUGCCUAGUGCUAAGUGCUAAUGAUACAGUAUGUGUGCCUCAUAGGGACUGAAAGGAAAUGUGUUGUUGACUAGGUUUGUGUGUAUGUGUGGGGACAAAAACACACAAACAAUUAUUGAUUGGUCUUGUCCCUCGAAGUGACAAUGAUGAUAACAAUGACAGCAGUCCUUUCCAAUGUUCAGUAACACAUAGUAGGGAACUAUGAAGUAUAUACCUCUAUGUGUAUUGAUGGACCCGAAAUAUUACUUUUCCUUGUAAACUAUUGUCUUGUACUUCUCAGUAACUACAAUGGUACCAGCUGCUGGGAGUGGUGCACUGACAGUAUUGUUGUAAUGCCCACCAAUGUAAAAAUGUUCACAAAUGCAAUAAAGCAUAAACAUUAUAAAAAUCUACUUAAGAAGAAUUGCCUUGUGGGAAGUUGAGUCUCUCUCUUCCCUCUCUCGUCUGUUGUCAUUGUUUUCUGCUUCCUGAUUGGCUGUAGACCAUUGUCAAUCAAUCUCUGUCAUGCUGCCUUGUCUCCUGUAUUGUCGCUAGCUUGCUUGCUUGCUGGCUUGUAAAUGAAUCUUUGAAAACACUACGGGGACACUUAUAUCACGCAUCCCAGAUCACUAACACCAAUUGUCAGAGGAGAUACGUGAAUAAAAUUUUUUUUUAAAUUAGCGCCCUAACACUCACAAUUACGAGUGUGCCUGAACGUGUCACAGUGCAGAGCGCACAGUCAGAUCAGAAAGAAGGAAGGCGACAGAGCAGGAAGUUGCUCAUUGCUCUGUGUUAGUUACUGUAUAUGAAUAAGUAAGUUUGAUGAUUAUGUUGUUUAAUCUUAAAUAUGUCAUUGAUAUUGGUGUUCCGAUCCCCUCACUGGGAAAACCUGGCAAUGUAUGUGCGGAUUCCCAUGAAAAUGAGGCUUUAUCGCUGGUUGUAUGUAUUUUUGCACUUCGGAUACUGCUUUAUCAUGUUUGUUAAACUUUCCCUUUCAAUUUGGUAUCAAAUUAAUAUGCAGACUUAAAUCAUAGCGAUUGCAAGUGGAAAAAAAUGAAGCUCAAGUUCAGCCUAUUCAAACGGAAGGAUUGGGAUUGGCUGACCCACUCUAGGUCAUGCUCUGAGAAGCCCUCUGUGGAUCAGCCUCCUGAGACCAUCGCUGACCCACAGCCAAAUUGGUCGUGUUGGAUCAUGGUGCUGAAUAAAGACUCUCUCAUGUCAGUUACAUGCGCUCAUCUGUGAAGAACCGGGCUCCAAAUCUGACACUUCCGGUGUUGGAGAAAGUCAAACAACCCAUCAUUGCUUUGGACAGAAUCAUGCACAAGAGUGGUCUUCUGGAGGCAAGUUUUAGGACUCUGAUAGUGAUAGUGCUGCUGCUCGAUUGUACUUCCUACAACCUCCUUUUAUAACUCCUGAUAUACUGGCCUGUCUCCUGAUAUCACUUCCCUGCUCUUGACACUGUGCUGUGAGCAACAAACCUUUCUAUUGUGUGUAGAUGCAGGGUUUCC